CUGACACUUCCUGCCCAUGAAUGUUUCGCUUGUUUUGGCAGUGUGAUAUUUGUGUAUCUCUGCCAUGUUUGUGUACAUCUCUCGCAAAGGUCUUUACAUUUAUAAACACGUAAGAUCGUCCUGACGCCUUGGAAUAAUACCCUGACGUACUGUAUUGGAUUAUACGCGCAGUUGAGCCCGUUUAAUGGAUGCGACUGGAGGCAAAACGUGAUUGUUUCUUCUCAUUGAUCCAGGAUCACACAGUACGGAGAUACAAGGUAUGGAUGAUUUGUCAUAUGUGGGGUCUGGCUGAGGGCCGCUGUUGCCCGGGUGUCUGCACCCCAUUGGCUGAUUCACCAGCAUGUACCGUAGAAACGGCCUAUCGGAUGGCACCAGCAUUAGCUCCGCCUCCUCUGAGGGAAGCAACAGCUCUGUGUCUGUGGACGGCCCGGGCGCUGACUACGCAAAGAGCUACGAUGCUGUCGUUUUUGAUGUGCUGAAAGUGACGCCAGAGGAGUUCGCAAGCCAAAUUACCCUGAUGGAUGCCCCCGUGUUUAAGGCCAUACAGCCAGAGGAGCUUGCUAGCUGUGGCUGGAACAAAAAGGAGAAACACAUUUUGGCUCCUAAUGUUGUUGCCUUCACACGGAGGUUCAACCAGGUGAGCUUCUGGUUAGUACGGGAAAUCCUGACCGCUCAAACGCUGAAGAUCCGUGCCGAGAUGAUGAGCCACUUCAUCAAGAUUGCAAAGAAACUUCUAGAGCUGAAUAACCUCCAUUCUAUGGUGUCUGUGGUGUCGGCAUUGCAAAGCGCUCCCAUCUUUAGACUUAGCAAGACCUGGGCGCUGAUAAGUCGGAAGGACAAGGCCACAUUUGAGAAGCUGGACUACCUGACGUCCAAAGAGGAGAACUACGCCAGGAUGAGAGAGUACAUCCGCUCCCUCAAGAUGGUGCCCUGCAUCCCCUACCUUGGGAUCUACCUGCUGGACAUGAUUUACAUCGACUCUGCCUAUCCUGCGUCUGACAGCAUCAUUGAGACUGAGCAGAGAACCAAUCAGAUGAACAACAUCCUACGGGUGAUCUCUGACCUCCAGAUGUCCUGCACAUACGAUCACCUCGUGACCCUCCCGCAUGUGCAGAAGUACUUGAUGUCUGUUCGCUACAUCGAGGAGCUUCAGAAGUUUGUGGAAGAUGACAAUUUCAAACUGUCUCUGAAAAUUGAACCAGGGAACAGCUCGCCACGCAUGGCCACAUCCAAAGAAGAUCUUGCAGGUCCAUCCGAGUUGUCUUUGUCGGUCAGGUAUAAUCGACGGCCCACUUGUCCUGAUGCCACCGUGGGGGUUCAUAUUCCCACGCCACCGCCCUCACGUCACAGGAAGAGCCACAGCCUUGGAAACACUAUGAUGUGGCAUUUCGGUGUGGUGGAGAGUAAAAGUGCGACGUUCCCCAUAGAGAAACCACGUCACCUGCUGGACGACAGCUUCCUAGAGUCCCAGAGUCCGGCGAGGAACAACCCACACAGCUCUUCCGUGUCUAACGGCAUCUCUAUAGGCAGCAGUCAGAGUUCGUUCUGUGAUGAUCUUUCUCCAGGAGUCGAGAGGGGCCGCAUGUACGCGACUCUGGGCCCUAACUGGAGGGUUCCACUCCGCAGCUCCCCCAGAGGCCGCAGCCAUGCCCACAGUCCGUCACUAGCAGAGACCAGUCUGGCUCAUGGAGAGUCAGGUGGAGUCACAAUGGAGGGGGCGCUGAAGAGGAAAACCCUGCUGAAGGAGGGCAGGAAACCCAAGCUGGCAUCAUGGACGCGGUACUGGAUCACACUUUGUGGUUCCACUCUCAUAUUCUACGGAUCUAAAGCUCUGCGAGCCACAGAACGGAAACAUUACAAGUCUUCACCAUGUAAAAAAGUGUCUGUUCUGGGCUGGAUGGUGGUGCUGCCGGAUGAUCCGGCUCAACCCAACAUCUUUCAGCUCAAUGAUCCUGACAAAGGGAAUGUUUACAAGUUUCAGACUAGCGAUCGCUUCACUGCGAUCAUGUGGCACAAACACCUGGAGGAGGCGUGUCGGAGAAGAAGACCUCAGAUACCAGCGAAUCUCAUGUCGUUUGAGUAAACAGACUUGUGUAACUCUUGCCUGAAGACAUUUAUAAUGUGCCAAAGGCCUUCAGAGAUCGAGAAGAAUGUGUUUGGUUCAGCAAAAGGAUGAAGAAAGAGCAAAAAUCCUUCAUUAUUGAAGAGUCCACUGAGCCAAAGGACUCGCUCUGAUCCACUGGCCCUCCAAGAGCCCGACGGACAAGUCUAACACUAGGAAGUCUGUUACAGAGCCGGAACCGGAGGUUUGCGCACUAGUAUGUGGUAGGAAGAGAAGUGAAUUUGAAAUUUUGCCCGUUCCAGCUCCAUCAUGUCUUUUGUAGAAGACUUUUGGAUCUCAAAGUGUUUGUGUGGCUUCAGUGAAGUACGUUAUGGGAAUUAAAUUAAACAGAAGCUUGAGAUGAGCAUUUUUCUGGUGAUAUAAGUGAGGAAAGAGAAAACAUGCCGCCUGUAGCAGAAAACUAAAAAAAGCCAAACUAACAGGCGUUUGCUCCCACAAACAAACCAUAGCUGAAGACCUAAACCAGCUAAUGAUACUCACUGGUUAAGAGUGGUUUAGUUCCAAACUAAUCAUAUCUCCUUUCAGCACAGUGGUUUUCAUUUCUGGUUAAUGUUAUGAUGUGAUCAUGAAGACGGACGGUGCUGAUUGAAGAAGGUUUGUGAGUGUGACUCGUUUACAUCAGGGACUCUGAAUCCAGUUUCUGUUUUACUCAUUUUAUACUCAUGAAAGCUUGUUUUGGGCUCUAAGUAUUAAAUUAUUACACCGUUCCUGUCAAAUGAAGGUUUAGUCCACAACUCACAACUUAAACCAGCUGAAAUACAGGCAUGUCAUAUAAAAGCAAGGAGUUUGUGUUUGUUACAUCUGAUAGGGUUCCUUGUACAUUAACAGGACAAUACAAUUUUUAUAACACGUAACACGAUCAGUUAAUAAAAACAAAGGUUUGUUUUCCAUUUAGUCCAUUUCACAAAAACAGGAACUGCUUCUUUUGAUGUGCAUCAUCUUCAAAAUCCUAAACAUUUACAGUAACUUACUGGACAAAUCUCACAAAAGCUGUCAAAAACUUGUUAAGGUCAUAUUUUACCCCAAAAUGAGCAGAAGGAAAUAAGCAAUAAUAUUUUGCUUAAAGAAAAUUAAGUUGAUUUUUCAUAUUUUGGCAUUAUUUUCAUGACAAUUAAGCACAUUUAGCUAUUAAAUUCUCAUUACUGUAAUACAAACAAAAACACAUUAUAUAAAUCUGUAAUAUUUAUACAUCACAGUCAUAUUUACUGUACUGCCUUUAUGCUUAUGGAUUUUUAAUGCACUUUUUUAUAUUUUAAUACAGUUAAACUGUGCUUAAAAUGACCUUGAAAAUAAUGUCAAAGCUUUUAAAAAAUAGAUAGAAAAGUAAAAGUUCUAUUUUCUUUAUGCAAAACAUAAUUCCUUAUUUAUCUUUUGAUUGAUCUGGAUAUGUUUUUGUUAGGUCACAAGCGUCAUCGGAGCAGCUGCAUGUUUGCAACCUGAUCGAGUACUGAUUUUGAAGAGAUAACUACUCUUUUAUGUCUAUUUUUAUCAGUUCAACUAUGAAUGUGAAACAUCUCACUGAGAUGCUCAUUCAGAUCGAGUGAAGGAACAGAAGUGUAGUUUUCUGUAGUUUAUUUCCCAUAUUUCGUUCUGUGCAGGACUGAUGAGUGUAAUGAAGUUUGGCGAUAAUGUGUGUGAGUUUUAAGCGUGUUUGUCUUUGAAUGAAGUUUAACUCUUAUAGAGCUGCGGUGCGUCUGUCACUAAAGGAGAAACCACUGUCAGUCUGUAAUACUGAACACACAAUCCACAUGUACAACAUCUCAUCCAUUCAGAUCAGCUUCAGAAAUCUGACACCAAGCAGAAUUAGAGGAAUCAUUCACUCCAGAAUGACAUUUCUGUCAUUAUUUGCUCCCUCUCAUGUCAUUUGAACUCCAUAUGACAAUUCAACCCCCCAAAAUGAUAAAAAUACAGUUUUGUGUUUGUACUUGAAAUAUUACACAAUAUUAUAGUGGGUCACAGUGACCUGUAACAUGAAAAAGUGCAUAAAUAUUCUUAAAAAUGUCUCAUUUUGUGUCCUAAUUAUACAAAAUUAAUCAUACGGGAUUGGAAGUACAUGAAGACAAGUAAAAAUGAUAAAAUGUUCAUUUUGGGAUAAAUUGUCAGGUUUCUGUAAAACACUCCUCGCUUCACACAGUCAACUGACUCUUGAUAGUGAUUAUUAGUUAUUUGUUGAGAGUAUUACUUAUCUAGCAUCAGUUUUUCCUUUCUGUAUAUGAAUUCAGCUUUAAAUAGGCCGCUGUUUUUGUUAAAGAGAAGCUUUUUCUUCACGUGAGGAUGUCGGAGCGAAACACACAUGUACAGCUGCACUGCAUGUACGUUAUGUUUGUUUCUGCUGGAACUGUGAAUGAACUCUUGUUGUGUUGCCAUGUAAAUAUGUUGCUAAAUUAUUUCUUGUUUGCCAUCGUGAUACAUCGCGGUUUAUCAGCUAAAAGGCUGAUUCUUCUGUACAAACAUUAAAUGCCAGUGAACACAC